AUGACUAGUUCGAAGGCCCCAGCAUCGACCAAAGAAUAUGAGAAGCUUUUAUCCAGGCGGGAGGAGCUGAUAAAGCAGGAAUCGUCCCUGAAGAGAGAAUAUACAACCAUGCUGCGAAAACUUGCCAGUGUUAUUACAAUAGUGCAAGACAUUGGAAAUGAAACAGAAGCAUCAGAACUGUCCAUAUCAGAGACAGCAAUGUCUAAGGCCCCUGUGCUUGUAGCCUAUGCAAAACGGCUGGAAGAACUUGAAAAUCAAGAUAUACACGACGUCGAAGUCCCCGACUUCUUGCAAGAGUCCUACACUCUCUACAAAAACUCGUCUCUCAUGUACAAAGACCUGUGA